AUGGGGUUUUUCAGUAAUAACCCUUUAAUUGAAUUUUGUCAUAAAAUAAUGAAAAGACCAAGCACUUUAUUAAUGUGGUGCUUUACAGGAAUCAUUAUAUCCAGUUCCAUUUAUUUACUUCUACCAAGUUUCCAUUAUGAUGGUAAGAGAGAUCGUGAUAAAUGCAAAUAA